CUGUUUGUAUGUUUCUGUGACUCAGUGCUGGAUUGUGGAAAACUACCUCAAAAACCUUCUCAUUGCUUUCAUGUCUGCCUGCAUGCUGAUGCUGCCGGCGUUAUUAAACAGCGACAAAGCAAUCAGACCACGAUGAACUCGGCAGCAGACUCACUGGACCAUUUAUUCAGUGUCUCUGCAGCCAAGCAUGCGGUUGUCCUUGCAACCAGGCUGCUGUCUGAAUGUUUGUGGGGUUGCCUAUCCAUGGAGCUUGUGUUUAUCUUCGCCUCCUGCCCUGCACUGAUGGUGUGGGGUGCCAGGAGUAGGCUUUUGCUGUCUUCUGCAACGCAACGAGGAGGAUGGUCUUUGCCCUACAUGUGAUUGUCAUGUCUUCAGCGUUUUUCAAUCCCAGUUUUGCCUUCAGCUCCCACUUUGAUACAGAUGGGGCUCCGCUGAGCGAGCUGUCGUGGCCUUCCUCCCUGGCUGUGGUAGCUGUCUCCUUCUCUGGCCUCUUCACCUUCGUCUUCCUCAUGCUGGCCUGCCUCUGCUGCAAGAAGGGUGACAUCGGCUUCAAGGAGUUUGAAAACACUGAGGGAGAGGAGUACCAGGCAGAUCUCUCGGCCCUGGCCUCGCCUUCCUCCCAGAAUGGCCCCGAGGUCUACAUUCUUCCCCUCACCGAAGUCUCCCUGCCUGUCUCCAAACAGCCUGGCAGAUCCAUCCAGCUGCUGAAAUCAUCAGACCUUGGCCGCCAUAGUCUACUUUAUCUAAAGGAGAUUGGACAUGGCUGGUUUGGCAAGGUUUUGCUGGGUGAGGUCAAUGCGGGCCUUAGCACCACCCAGGUGGUGGUGAAAGAGCUGAAGGCCAGUGCUAGUGUCCAGGACCAGAUGCAGUUCCUGGAGGAGGUCCAGCCAUACCGAACCCUCCAGCACCCUGCUCUCCUGCAAUGUCUGGCACAGUGCUCAGAGGUUACUCCUUAUCUGCUGGUCAUGGAGUUUUGCCCUCUGGGUGAUCUGAAGAGCUACCUCCGCAGUUGCCGGGUGGCUGACUCUGAGACUCCUGACCCUUUGAUCCUCCAGCGAAUGGCAUGUGACAUUGCCUCAGGGCUUCUACACCUCCACAAAUACAACUUUAUACACAGUGAUCUGGCCUUGCGAAACUGCCUGCUAACUUCAGAAAUGUCAGUUAAGAUCGGGGACUAUGGCCUUUCUCACAGCAGAUACAAGGAGGACUAUUAUGUAACACAAGACCAGAUUUGGGUCCCCCUGCGAUGGAUUGCACCUGAGCUCAUAGACGAGGUCCACGGAAACCUGCUGGUUGUUGACCAAACCAAGUCAAGCAACAUAUGGUCAUUGGGGGUGACUGUGUGGGAACUGUUUGAGCUGGGAAACCAGCCGUACAGACACUACUCCGACCGACAGGUACUGACAUAUGCUGUGAAGGAACAGCAGCUUAAACUACCCAAACCCCAGCUCCAAUUCCCCCUGGCUGAGCGCUGGUAUGAAGUUAUGCAGUUCUGUUGGCUGCAGCCAGAGCUGAGACCUAGCAGUGAGGAAGUACACCUUUUGGUUACAUACUUGUGUGCCAAAGGCUCCAGUGAGGCUGAGGAGGACUUCGAACAACGUUGGAAUGCUUUGAGACCCAACUUGCUUGGCAGCGCCUCCCACACAGCUACAUCCACAGCCCUGGUUCUGACCCCUACACCUGCCUCAGCUGACGACCCUGGUGCAGAUCAAACUCAGGCAGUGGAGCUGGCCUCCUCUGCUUCAUCCUCCUUUCCCCUCCUAGAGCACUUCUCUGACAGCUUUCACUCUGACACAGGAGAUGACCUACUGACUGUCACAGAGACCAGCCAUGGUCUCAACUUUGAGUACAAGUGGGAGCAGGCCCGAGCUGAACAGCCCUACUGCUCCUCCUCCACCAGUGGGCCACUGGGCCAGGGGAACCCACAUUACCAAGAUAUCUACUAUUCAAGUAAAGGAAACACCUCAGGGGGCUGCAAGACUGACGGCCUGACCUCAGGCAUUUCCCCAUCCUACUAUGAACCCGAGCACCCAGGUGUGGUCCCAGUGUUGAGUGCCCACAGCCCUUCAGUCAGCAGCGAGUACUAUAUUCGCAUAGAGGAGCCAGUAGAGUGUAACAUUAACCUGGAUGAUAACGAGGAAGACUACAGCCCAGGACUGGAAGCCAGCAACAGCAGGUUGUCCUCUGAAAGUCGGACUGGUUCAUCCAUGGCACAGCCCAGUGCUUAUUGGUCAACUGCUGACAACACUAAAUCUAUUGCCUAUGACUCUGAUUCAAGUCCCACUGUCCAACUAACCAUGGAGCCACUGCUGAAACAGGUAUCCAGCACCAGUCCUAUAAAGCUAGGCCACUCCCACAACUGCUUCUCAUCCUACCAGAGCAACACUGUCUACUGUGAACAAUCAACAUACAAAACAGGCCAAUCCUGUCUGUCUGAACUGGAUACGUCACCAGAGCCACGAUCAAACAUUGUCCAUCCAGUGGGGGGCUUAGAAAACCCACGCAAUUUGUUGCAAGCAGUCAGCAGCCCCAGCCUAGGGUUCUGCGAUCCCUACCUUGAAGCAAGCACAGGUCGUAGCGUGGUUAAUGAAAGCUGCCAUAAUAUGAUGGGUCCCCUCAGAAAGACACUACCCAUUGUUAACCACAUUAGCAUUGAUGUAGGUACAGAUGAUGGCCUGCUGGUGGGCCAGCGGAGGGAUGGAGACAUUGAUGAUGACUUUUUCUCUGAGGGAGAGGCCACUAACUGGACCUCAAACCAUUCAGCGAACAAUAAUAGCCUGAGUUUUGACAGCAGGCAGACAGGCAGUGGGCAUGAAAGUUAUCUGGACCUUCAAUAUACAGCUCACUCUAACACAACAGAAUUAUGGUCUUUGACUAAGGCCACCACUAAAACCUUCCACAGCUCCAGGUCUUGUGGCACCUUGGAGGCAGAAGGAGGUAAAGCUGCUAGCAAUCCCAGUGAAUUAGGUUCAUACAUUCACUUGUGUCACAAAGAAAGAGAGGCCACUCCAAUGGAAAAUAACCUACCUGUAGAUAAUCUAAGAAGUAUUGAUUCUCUUAUCAGCUCAAGUAUGAAUGCCAGGGGCACAGAGGGUGAGAAAUUAGAGGUAAAAUAUGAACAGCAACCAUUGCUUAAUGGAGAACGACUGUACUCUGAACCUAAGAUGAUACCUGAGGCAAGCUAUGUGAAGUCCCCAUCCUCUUUCAAGGAACCUCAGACGGGUCAAACUGGAGCCUUGACAGACAAGCAGAGGGGUAAUAUCUGGGAGGGGGUUUCAACAGGAGUCUCUGUUGGUCUGAGAGACAAGAGGCUAACCUAUCCAGAGACAUCAGAGAGUUGUAGAGUGUUAGACAGCAGAGUGGGCAUCAGAAACUCCAGCAUUAGCCUUGUUGAGCUUGGGGAUUACAGUGAGGAUGAUGACGAUGACAUUGCAGAUAUUACAUCAGGGAUCUUUGCUGACUUCAACCUGGACUAUGCUGAAGCAGAGGAGGAAGAGCUAAGCCCACUGAAGAAUCCAGAGGGAACUCCUGACUCUGUAGACACUCUUAACCUGUCCUCAUCAAUGGCAAGCCCCUGUGACCAGGCCUUCAGCCCAGAUCCCUUCAAUACCCCUGUCCUGCCCAAAUCACUGGACAGUGGAUACGACACAGAGAACAAUGAGUCUCCAGAGUUUAUCUUCAAAGAGCUUGGAGAUCCCCGAGGUGGUGACAGGAGCCCUAGGCUGGGUGGAGAAACUGAACUUGUUCUGCAAGUGGGUUUAGGCCAAGGUGUCUGCACUUCCGCCAGCACCUCAGAGCUACAAUUAAAGGGCCUGACUGAUAAGAACCCAUACAGGGAUUCGGCCUAUUUCUCUGACUAUGAUGCCGAGAAUGAGAGAAGCCCUCGAGAGGAAGGCAGUAAGUUCUUUACAGGUCCAAAUAGCCAUGACUUGCAUGCUGAGAAAUUAAGCUCUAACAGAGAUGAUGAUCAUAUCAAAAGGAAAUUCAACAACGAGGAACAUUUAAUGAAUCUGAGACAUAUCAAAAGCUGUGUUUUGGCAAAUCUCUCAGAGGCUGACCCAGGUUCACGCCAUCCCCUUUCCACUCCUGGGUUGUCCAUGCUGUCACCAUUUCCUCCGCAGAUGGGCGGCUGCCUGACCAAAGAGUCUUCCCCUGCAGAUGAUGAUCUUGGAUUGGAGACAGAGAACUCAGUAGAAGAGCCCUCCUCAGAGAUUAGCUCCUCCAUUGUGUCUGAACCUUCCUCUACUGUUCAGGAGGCCUCAGCAAACCACGAGGAGGGGAACAGGAGAGCAGAAGAUUGUUCCCCUGUCCAGUAUUUAUGUUCUGACUCCACCAUAACUGACUACAGAGACGAGGCCCCAAAAGAGAAUGAAAAUGGUGAUGGAUCCACAGAGGAGGAGGAGCUGCCUGAAUUCAAUCAUGACAACGAAGAAACAGAGGACAGAAGGGAGGGUGUGGGAAUAAAUGAGGAAGAUUUUGAGGACAUAGACGCAGAGGAAUGUGACUCACAGGACAGUUUAUGUGAAGAAUCCAACGGCCCUGCUGACCUGUCCACUUCCUCAUCGUUGUUGGAGCUGUGCGGAGAGAAUGUAAGAGCUCCUCUGGAGGAGGCGGAGGAUGAAGAUGACUCGGAUGACAGUGAGUCUGAUGAAGAGUUGAGGACCUACAACAUCCAGGAUGAGGACAGUGAGGAGAGUGAGGAAGAUUUUACCACAGUGCCAGUGGUGGUAAGCGACUGCAGCAAGGCUAGACACCUCCGCAGCCUCCUGAAGAUGCCCACCUUGCUCACCCAGUCCUUCUGUGAUGAGUUGGAGAGAAAGAAAAAAGCUGUGUCUUUUUUUGAUGAUGUCACAGUGUUCCUUUUUGACCAGGAGAGCCCCACAGGAGAGCUGGCUGACUACACCUUCUCCACAGGAGCAGAGUCCAGUGGGCAGGAAUCCUCAGAGGAAAUAACUUCUGACCACCAGCCACAACCUGACCCUGAACUUGAAGCCCAAUCCUGUGAGACAUACUGUGUUUCUGAAGAAACAGAUGGGAACAACUCAGAAGAGGGUGGGGGUUACGAGUGGGAAGAUGACCUUCCAUUUGAGCCUUGCCCGUCUUCACCUGACACCAUCCCUGAGCCAGACUCCUCACCCACAUCCACACCCAAGAGUCCUGAGGCUCCGAAGCCUGCAGCUGUAGCACUUAAUCGUUUUAUUGUCUCACGAUUUUCCAUUACACACGUCUCCGACCCCCACAUGGGCACAGCAACAGGGAACAGUGAAGAUAGUCCAAAAGAUUGAGUGCCCUACGCACGGCCCCGACUGGAGGAGGACGAGUUUCUUCUCAACACAGAAAAGCAGCAUUAUUAUAUCUAGAUGUUAUACAGAGUUUUAUUUUUAUCGACGUUUGGGGCAUCUGACCCUGGUGACCCUUUAUGAGACAGUGCCUCAUAUUGUAGUGAAACACCCUUGAUGAUUUGCACACUUUGUUUUUUUUUUUUAUUUUGUGAAGAAAGAGUGAUAGCUGCUGAUAUGGCAACCUGAUUUAGACAAGCAGGAGAGUGGAUAUAAAAUCAGAUCAUAUAUUUUGCAGAAUUAGAAAAUUAUAUUAGUUUUAACAUACAGUAUAUGACAAUAACUACAAUAACUUAUUUGCUCAAUGCAGCAUCAACUUCUGUUGGUGACCUUACAGGUCAUUUAAUUUGUGAAUUAUAAAAUAAUCAUAAAAAUAAGAGGAUAAAAAAAGAGAAAUGAGAGGCUUUCUAGCUGCUCCUCUCAUUUGCUGCCUUGGUCCAUCUGCUUACCACUGAUCUGGCAUUUUUAAAGACUGUUAUAGCUCUCAUUGUUGGAGCCAGAGAAAAAAUGCUUGGUGAUUGUUGCGUACAAAGUUCUGGUGGAUUUCCAAAAACAAAAUCUGACUCUUUUUAACAGUUGUGGGUGGUGGUGACAAUGUUUGAAGAUGGAAGUGCUGAAACUUAGUCUUCAUUCAAGUUUUAGACUCUGACAAAGCCAAAUGAUGUUGACAGUUGGACUGAAAGGAAACACGGUGUUGUCACUCCCUAAUUUUCACCACCACUUGCUCUUGUUAAUGAUGACUUAUUGCAUCUGUCUAAAGCACUUUGCAUAGCCAAACUGGGUCCUUAUUUGUAGAAGUUGCUCUACAUCUCCCCAUCCUGGAAUGAAAUAUGUGAACAUGUGAGACUCCCCAUUUGUGUCCACAGUGCCAGCUACAGGUUCACUUUAUUUUGUGGCACAUUAGCUUAAAUUACGUUUCAUCUGCAAUAGAAUGACACCAAAGGGAUGGAGAGGUGUUUCAACACAAUUUGCCAGUGUCAUGUCAACAUGCCAGUCAUAAAUGUUGAAUGUCAGUCAGUAUCAUCUUUAUGCAUCUUUUCUAUGUCUAUGUAUUGUCCAUAGUCUCAUACAUAAAGUUACAUAAUUCUAUUACAAUUGUGCUGAAGCCCGGGUCCGAGGUGUACAAAAAAAAAGACAAACUAAGACAUAUCUCACAUAUUGUACGAAUGUUAUAUCAACAUGUAGCAGGUAGCUUGACUUGAAUUACUACUGCUGUAUCGACAGCUCCCUUCCCCUCUCUAUCCUUCUGUAGCUCAAAGUGCCAAUUCUGUUUCCUCUCACCUUGCCUUUUAAGUUCUGCAAGAAGAGAAAACAUUGCUAGUAUUUUUGUACGAGGAUUUGAAAAGAUGCAAUCCAGGAUGACGAUCUCUCAAAUUUGCCAAAGAGAUAUUACAAAGCCCAUUGGCUAAAAGUGGCAGACAUGUUUGGAGAAGAUGAGGAUGAGGUGGGUUGUUCUAUGCACCAGUAGUAACAUCAUUGCUGUUUCCAUUUCUCCCUCACUCAUGGCUAUUGUACUAUCCCAAACAAAUAAAUCCAAAUACUUUUUCCCU